AUGAUGCUAGAUGAUAAAUUAGUUUCACACGAUUUAUUAAAUGAACUUCAGGAGGGUGUUGACAAAGAGGUCAUUGUGUCAGAAGAUGGUUGUAUUCCUUCUGAUAUUAAUCCUCAGUUGAUUGACACUCUAAAUUUAGAUGAAAUAUUAAAACAACCUAAUGCACAUGAUUUUAGUAUGAGUGACAGUAAUAUGAAUGAUAGUAGUAUUGAAAAUAAUUUAGAUGUUAAUAUUAAAGAUAAAAAUGAUAAUAUUAAUAAUAGUCAGAAUGAAAGUAUUAAUCCUAUUAAUAGUGAUACUGAGAUUGAUAGUGAUACUGCCAUUGACAGUGAUACUAAUAUAAAUGACACAGAAGAUCGUAUUAAUAUUAUUGAAAAUGGUAAUGAGAAUAAACCUGAUAUUGAAGUUAAUGAUCAGAGUUUAACAACAGAUAAUAAUACCAAUACUUCUUCUGACAAUAUAGAAACGGUAAGUAAUUUGUCUAAAGGUGAUAAAAAUUAUAAUUUGGCAAUUGAUGAUGUAAAUAGCAAUGAAUUGACUAAGAAAGACUCUCAAUUGAUAUCUGAAGUUAAGAAAACAACAAGAUAG